AUGAAAUCCAGUGCUAUGGGCAAGAAACUUGGGACUUGGCCGCUCUGGAAGAAGCUGGUUUUGGCUGGCAUUAUCCUCAUCAUCGUCAUCCCGCUCAGCGUUGGGCUUGGUGUUGGCCUUUCCAGAUCAAAAGGCGGAUCCAAUGACGACACUGAUGAUGAUGGAAACAACGACGAUUCCAGCGGUGAUACCCCCGGAAAUACCCCCAACCACACCUCUCUCUGGCAACCUGAAGUAGGUGCAUCAUGGCAGAUCAUUCUUCUCAAGCCGAUUGAGGUCCACACCGACACCAAGAUUGAGCCUGACGUUGAAAUCUUUGACCUGGAUCUCUACGAUAACGAUGCUUCUACCUUUGCUGCGCUUAAGAAGCUUGGCAAGAAGGUUAUUUGCUACUUCAGUGCUGGUUCUUAUGAGAAUUGGCGUGAUGACAAGAAAGAUUUCCAUGAGGCCGACCUCGGCAAACCGCUCGAUGGCUGGCCAGGCGAGCGAUGGCUGAAUGUAUCCAGCCCGAAUGUGCGUUCUAUUAUGAAAAAGCGCAUCGAAAUGGCAGCAAAGAAGGGUUGCGAUGCUAUCGAUCCGGACAAUGUUGAUGGGUUUCAAAACAACAACGGCCUCAAGCUCACGCAGAACGACACUGUGAACUUUGUCAAGUUCCUCUCAGAAACAGCAGCAUCGUUUAACAUGUCCACAGGACUCAAGAACGCCGGAAGCGUGAUAUCUGAAGUCAUCUCAGACGUGCACUUCAGUGUUAACGAGCAAUGCGUUGAAUACUCUGAGUGCGACACAUUUGCACCAUUCAUCGAUCACGGUAAACCUGUGUUCCAUAUUGAAUAUCCUAAAGGGGCUCCUGGUAGAAUAUCCACCAAGACAGUGGGCGGGAUAUGCUCGGGCAAAGGGAAGGCCGAUGGCAGUAAAGGCUUCAGCACUGUCAUUAAGAAGAUGAAUUUGGAUCCAUGGGUGGAGUAUUGUGAUGGGAAGACGUAUGGGUCUUCUUAG